GAGGCGUGGCGGCCGCGCCGUACCAUUUCCGGCUGGUAAAGAUGGCGGCUUCCUAGCGAGUCGGCAGCUGAGUCGGAGGGAGGCUCACGCUACGGUUGUGGGGACUGCAAGGCUCAGAGACCAUCCCCGGCAGCCCGCACCCAUUGCCCAGAUGGGCAAACUGUUCCACUAGCGUCCUGUUUUUCCUCAAAAGAAUUGUAAUACCGGAUCUGCUCCCCUUCCGUGUGCAGACACCCCCUAGGCAGCCAACGCUCCACUGCGGAGGAGGGAACCCUAGAAGUUAUUAUUCUUUUAUUCACCAAGACGUCUUCAGUUUCAGGGAAGGAUCCUGGCUUCCCCCAUACCUGCUCCAUCCAGCCACUCAGGAGCCAUGGAGGUGGCGGAGCCCAGCAGUCCCACUGAAGAGGAGGAGGAGGAGGAAGAGGAGCAGUCAGCUGAGCCCAGACCCCGCACUCGCUCCAACCCUGAGGGGGCAGAGGACCGGGCGCUGGGGGCCCAGGCCAGUGUGGGCAGCCGCAGCGAGGGCGAGGGUGAGGCGGCCAGUGCUGACGACGGGACCGCCAACCCUCCCGGAGCCGCUCCCAAGCCGUGGCAGGUGCCUCCACCAGCCCCAGAGGUCCAGGUGCGGACGCCAAGGGUCAACUGUCCAGAGAAAGUGAUCAUCUGCCUGGACCUGUCAGAGGAAAUGUCGCUGCCAAAGCUGGAGUCAUUAAAUAGCUCCAAAACCAAUGCCCUCAACGUCUCCCAGAAAAUGAUCGAGAUGUUCGUGCGGACAAAACACAAGAUUGACAAGAGCCACGAGUUCGCGCUGGUGGUGGUGAACGAUGACACUGCCUGGCUGUCCGGCCUGACCUCUGAUCCCCGAGAACUCUGCAGCUGCCUCUACGACCUGGAGACGGCCUCCUGCUCCACCUUCAAUCUGGAAGGUCUCUUCAGCCUCAUCCAGCAGAAGACCGAGCUGCCAGUCACAGAGAAUGUGCAGACGAUUCCACCGCCGUACGUGGUCCGAACCAUCCUGGUCUAUAGUCGUCCACCCUGCCAGCCCCAGUUCUCCCUGACGGAGCCCAUGAAGAAAAUGUUCCAGUGCCCGUAUUUCUUCUUUGAUGUUGUUUACAUCCACAAUGGCGCCGAUGAGAAAGAGGAGGAGAUGAGUUGGAAGGACAUGUUUGCCUUCAUGGGAAGCCUCGAUACCAAGGGUACCAGCUAUAAGUACGAGGUGGCGCUGGCUGGGCCAGCCCUUGAGCUGCACAACUGUAUGGCCAAGCUUCUGGCUCACCCACUGCAGCGGCCCUGCCAAAGCCAUGCCUCCUACAGCCUGCUGGAGGAGGACGAUGAAGCCGCCGAGGUUGAGGCCACUGUCUGAACCAUCCCUGUACAUCCAACCUUCUAGCACGAUCAAACACUUGGCCGAGAAUGCUGGUUCUCACACUGGGCUCUGUGGGACCCCCAGAGGGAGGUCUAGGAGGUAUCCAGGGCACUUGGGGAGCCCUGAAGAAAACCUAGGAUUCCAGGAAGCAUCCCAGGGACUCUGGACACCCAUUCCCUAUGUUUCCCAGCCCAUAUCCCACUCCCAGUUUUUCAGUUGUGAUUCUUGUUGUGCUGUGUGAUUUUUGUCAUCAAAAUAAAAAUCUUGAGAAUCCCUAACCCAGGUCCACAACAA